AUGGCCAGCCAGAAACGCAUCACCAAAGAACUCGGGGACUUGAUGAACUCGCCGCCGCCCGGGAUCGCCGUGGCUUUAGCAGACGAGGCAAACCUGUACCAAUGGAAAGUGACCAUGGAAGGGCCUGCCGGAUCGCCUUAUGCGGGAGGAAAAUUCGACUUGUCCAUUAAUCUGCCUCAAAACUACCCCUUCAAACCACCCACCGUCGUUUUCACCACCAAGAUCUAUCACCCCAACAUCUCCAACGACUCGCCGCCCAACUCCGGCACCAUGUGUCUGGGCAUGCUCAAGGACUCGGAGUGGAAGCCCAGUACCAAGAUGAGCGCGGUGCUGGAGUUUGCAAGGCAAUUGCUCAAAGAACCGAAUCCCGACGAUGCCGUUGAAACGAAGAUCGCAGAGCAGUAUCGCAACGACCGCGGCGCGUACGAGAAAGAGGCUAGAGACUGGGUGAAACGGUACGCGAGCGGAAAGAAAUGA